UGACCUGCUAGUUACAGUAAGGACCCAAUAUGGCAGAAAUGGUAGGACUCGCACUAUAACUGGAGCAACAUUUCCAUCAGAACAGUAACGGUCUCGUACAUUAGGUUGAUUUCCAGGAGCCGACCGCAAACAUGAGGGAAAGGCAAAAGAAGAAAAAGGGCAGGACAUGGGCAGAGGCAGCAAAAACGGUGCUUGAGAAAUACCCAAACACACCGAUGAGUCACAAAGAGAUCCUGCAGGUGAUUCAGCGAGAACGACUCAAGGAGAUCAGUGGGACUUCCCCUCUUGCCUGCCUCAACGCCAUGCUCCACACCAACUCCCGGGGUGAGGAGGGGAUUUUCUACAAAGUCCCUGGUCGUAUGGGAGUCUAUACACUGAAGAAAGACAUAGCGGAUGUGGUGAAGGAGCUAUCAGAGGAGGCUUCUGAAGACAGCAGUGAUAACUUAUCCGACACGCGGAACGCAGAAAACAACACCAGUGGCAGCAGCAAAGAGGGCAGUAGAGGAAGGUGGAAGAGAAGAGGGCCAGCAAAUCUGCAGUCACAGCCAUCUUCUCCACAGUCUCGCUGCUCUUCUCCUUCAGUCUCCAGCAGCAAGCUCAUUUCUUCAUCCCAAAAACACAGCAAAAAAGCGCUUAAACAGGCUCUGAAACAGCAGCAGCAGAGGAAUCAGCGUCGUCAAUGUGGGAUCCCCACAGCAUCCAGCCCACGACUUCUACUUAAAACUAUGGCUGAUUCAGCAUCCUCCAAGACUGGCUGGGAACUAAAACAGUCAGAGCGUUGCCCUGCCAGUCCACAGAACUCCACCUCUAGCUCGUCUUCCUCUGUCAAAGCAGAAACGUGCCACAACACCAGUUCCCGGAAGAUUUCUCAGCGUUCCAGUCGGCUCAAUGCUCGCCAGUUAAGACGAACCAAGUGUGAGAUUGAUGUAGAGACGCCUGAUUCCAUCCUGGUCAACACUAAUCUACGGGCCUUAAUUAACAAACACACAUUUUCCAUGUUGCCCCCUGAUUGUCAGCAGAAACUUCUUAAGCUGUUGCCAGAGAUUGACCAGCAGUCAUGCAUGGAUGGACUCCUGAGGGUAACUAGUUCUGCUUUGAACAAUGAGUUUUUCACAUCUGCGGCACAAUCCUGGAAGGAGAGGUUAGCCGAAGGUGAGUUCACCCCAGAGUUAAGACUAAGGAUGCGGCAAGAGAUUGAAAAAGAGAAGAAAGUGGAGCACUGGAAAGAGCACUUCUUUGAAAAUUUCUACGGCGAGCAAUCCGGAUUAAGCCUUGAGGAAUCCAGAGAGCUGACAAAGACUGAAAGCACUUCUACGCCAGCUAAAGACUCACCCCGGCCUGGAAAAACAGAGUCUAGCACAGAAGCACAGAAGCCAAACCACACUGUUGAGAUCACCCACAAGGAGCUGAGAUCCAGGGAGGUGAAAACAUUAGUGUCCAUAAGUCAUUCAGAACCAGAGUCCUUCCAUACUGAACCAAUCAGUGAAAGUCAUUCAGCUUCCGAUGAGGUGUCUUCAAAUACAAAGACUGCCUCUUUGACACAAGAGGAAUCCACACCUACGGUAAAGAAAUUGGUGGAACCGCUAACUUCGAGGGUGGAAGAAAAUGUACAAGAGAGCAAGACUAAUAGCCCAACAUCUGCCCAAGAAUCUAGCUCUAAAGAAAAUGAUACCAUAGAGAGUGAGUCUGUUAAGGUUGAGGGGGUUGUGUCACAAGCGUCUGAAGUUACCACUGAGUCAUUAAAGCGGAAACUCUCCAGUGGACAAGAAGUAGAAGAAAAGAAACCUCGCGUGGCAGAGGGGUCACCCCCAACCCCAACAGAAGGCUCAACCUCACUGCGAACACAAGACUCACCUCCAGCCACAACUGCACAACAGAGAGUGCCACCUCUUAAAAUCCCUGUGUCACGAAUCCUGUCAGCCCCUGGAGCUUCAGGCCAAGUUUCUCCAAGGACUCCUCAUCCUUUGACACCACCAAGUAUCCGGCCAGGAUGCACCGGUGCACGCACUUUAGCUGACAUCAAAGCUAAAGCCAAACUAGCUCGGGAACAACGUGCUGCAGCGGCUGCAGCAGCAGGUGCACCACGUAGAGGAUCCAUUUCAGGACCUAGCUCAUCCGGAUGUACCUCCACACCUUCCCCAGUGCGGUCAUUAUCAGAAGAGUUUUCACCAGCAAGCACUAGAAGCCAAUCUGUAUCUCCAGUAAAGAUUAGCUCAGUGUCUCCUGCUCUUGAGAGCACAGGAGUUCUCUCACAUACCUCUCCUUCUUCAGGUGCAACUGUGCUAAUGGACCAUAGUUUUGUUCAAAGCUCUAGCACAAAUCGAUUUUUUUCUAAAGAAGACAGGUCCUUUAUGGGUGCCCAAAUGACUGAGCAUGCAUCAAAUCCUCAUUUAAACGAAAAUUGUGUUCAUUUCUCUGUUGGUGAAAUGCAAAUAUCACCUACAAAUAUUCUGUCGUACGGCCAGAAAGCACAAGAAGCACCUUUGCCAGGGACUGCAGCAAUCAAACCCAACUCCUCAAUUCCUGCCAAUAAUCCACUUGUCGCUCAGCUCCUUCAAGGUAAAGAAAUUCCCUUGGAGAAGAUUCUUCCAAAAGCACAUGCCAAGAUAAAUGUGCAGCCUGCGACUGCUGUAACACAAGAUAAAGGGAACCUGGCUGGUAAGACAUCAGAGACAGGCAAGGAAAAACCUGUAAAUACAGAUGACAUUAGCAGAUCUAGACUGCCUCAUUACUCAGGCAGACCUGGGACCAGUGUGGACAAGCUGGACAAAAACACCCAGGAGCAGAUUCUCCAUGUUUUAAGGAACAGAAGUCAGCAGAGCCAAAUCUCUCAGCCUUCCCAGUUUGAGCCCUGUCUACUCGGCUAUCCAGAAAAUUCUAACGACCAGCCAAGGUUCCAACUAGGUCUCAUUGGACGAAAAAGGGUGUCUAAACCUGCCAUGACCGGGCACUAUCUCCUAAAUAUCUCCACAUAUGGGAGAGGGUCUGAGAGCAGCAAACGUCCCCAUCUGGCCAAUGUAAAGAGAGAAAAGGUGGAAGGAGAACAGAAAGGCGGAGCAGAACCUAAAGAAGGCCGUCAUGCUUCUUUAAAAGGACAUUCGAAACCUCCUGGUAUUAAAGUUGAACAGCAAGGAUUUCACAUCACAAAACCAGAUGAUGCACCAGGAUAUCAGCACUGUCCUCAAGUAAAGGUAGAAUCCCAGUCACUGAGUUGUUCGUCUAGUAAAGAAGCUGGCACUUCUACAAGAACCAAAGAAAUCUCUCCAAGGUUACACCUCGACACCAGUAAACAGGGUAUCUCAGGGCCACGUCUUUCGAGUGACUGUAAGCCACAAAUAACUUCCUUCCAGUCACAGAGGUCACAGGAUGGCCAAGAAACAAUGACGGGUACUUUCUAUGGUGGCACUAUCAGCAUGUCCAUGCCUCACCCAAUAAAUCAUAGCAUCACUGACUCUGGGGCAUCUCCUACGGUUACAUGCAGUAAUGAGAACACCAGCGAGGGGAUGAUGUCAUUUUCCGUAACUGUCACUGCCAUACCUGCGGGUCACCUUCUCGAUCAGGGUAAAGGUGAGACCUCGCCCGAGCAGUCUUUCAUAGAAGCUUCUGGAAUGGAGGACGUCCAGUCAAAAUGCUACUGUCGGCUAAAGGCCAUGAUCAUGUGCAAGGGCUGUGGCGCUUUCUGUCAUGAUGACUGCAUUGGACCCUCCAAACUGUGUGUUUCCUGCUUGGUGGUACGAUAAUGGUGAUGAGGACCAAAGGUGAUCUUAAAGGUCGACUCUAGAGUAAGUGCGAAGCUGUUCAAGCAAAUGGUGAACUUCUCACCGUGGCAGUAUGUCAAUAGGAGUUUGGCUUUUAUGCUGUUGAUCUCUGGCUUUCCAGACAAUUUGUAUGUACAUGUACAUAAUGUGUGCAAUGUAAAGUAAAAACUUCCUCUCGGUUUAUUUACUGAAAACUGAGCACCUUGUUCUAGAUGCAAAACUUCUCGAAUAGUGGCAAUAUAUAAACAGUGGUCAUGUUCUUAUAUAUAUAUAUAUAUAUAUAUAUAUAUAAGAACAAGUAAACUCCUAUUUUUGUAAAUCUGACUAUCAUGGCCAUCCCUUUCUUUUUCUUCCUAUUAAAUCAAUCAAUUACUUCACUUAUAUUUUUAAUACUGUGCAGUUGGAUCACUAACAAUAAUAUGUACUUUAUUCAGCAAAGCAAUUUUUGUUGAAUAGUUUAAGCCUUAGUAACUUAAGCAAAAGAUCCAGACAGCUAAAAUACCAAUUAUAUAUUGAGAAUUACUGUGAAUAUUAAAAAAAAAAUUAAUUACUUGCCUUAUGCCUAGGCUAGAAGUGGUACCCUUAUAUAUGAGUAGCAUCAAUGGUAAAUAUAAGCAUGAAGUUAUUUAUGGAGCAGAAGGGACUAAAUACCACGGGCUAGCACUAAUCUUUAAUCACUUUUUUUUUUAUAUAUCAUGGAAUAUAAGGACUGGAUUAUUUUGGUAACUGAAAGUGGCAAUAAUUUGUACAUUUGUUAUAUUUAUUAAAAUAAUAAUCAAAAUCAUCUAAAUUUAAGAGAGAAUCAAAUUCCCUUAUACCUAGCUUAUUUUUAGGGUUGCACUUUUGUAUAAAAACUAAAAUGGUAACUUGAAUGGACUGCUCGCUGUGUAGUAUGUUGUGAGUAAGUCGAUUAGGAUGGGAGCUAAAGCACUUCUCAAUUAAAUAAUCUAAUGUUCCCUCUCAGGAGCAAACCCAGGUCUUUGUCAUGUCAUGUUGUUCACUAGUGAGGAGUCUGAACUGAUAACAAGGUUCUAAGACUGUAGAUAUUCUUUUAAAAGGAAUCAGUUUUUUUUUGUUUUUUAAACAUAAUGUUGAUUAAUAUAAUCCAAUGUGCAUAAGAAAUUGUUUUGUUUAUGUAAAUAUAUGCUUUUCUGAGGUUUCAUUCUCACUACUUUUUAUUGCCUUUUAUCUGUGGCAUAUGGAGCCCCUAAAGGGACAUGAAAGAAAAAGAAAUACAUAGAAGAAAACAAAUUGUGCUUAAAAAUGUUUAAGGGAAAAAAACAAAUUGUUCUUUUAUUCAGAGAUUGCAAAACCCUGAGUGACAUAUGGCAUAUAAUUGCGGAUCCUUAAAACAGCGCUUACAAACAUGAUUUAAGCCCUGCCUUUAUUCAUUCUUCAUUCAUAAUAGACGAGACCGAAGGCAGGAUUUCGUAACCACUCACAAGCAGUUUUGCAAUCGUUCUUUGUUUAUCAUUUAUAUAAUCAGCAUUAUUAUCUAUAAAAUCAUGUAAUUAUGCAUAAAUUUGACACUCAGAUUUACUAACUAACAAAUAUUGUGCCAAAUUGGGCUAAAAACAAGAUGUUUAAAGAGCUGGCUCUGUAGGUUUCUAAUAGAUCAUUGGCUUGAAGAAUUUGGUCUUGUCUAUAAUAAUGCAGAAGGCGGGAUUUCUUCAUUUUACACAGAGGCUUGCUGAUGGCCCCAUCACACUUUAACUGCGACCAUGAAGUUCCCACAACAUCCCAAAAAUAUUUAAGCACAGCGGAAACAGGGUCAAAAUGUAAAAUAUACAUUUAUGAAGUUCAUACUAGUUCCUAGCCAAGUUCCUAACAGGUUCUCAAUACGUCUCUCAUGUGCCAUCAUUAUUACGUCCUUAUUGAGUUCUUCCAGCAUCUUACUUGGACUAUGUCCUCAGGCUUUUUUGAACAUGUCCAAAAAACGCACACAGCAGCUCCACAAUCUUCAAUGCAUUUAAUGGAGACAUCACUACAUCCUUACCGUUUUCUACUGCGUUCCUGCCAAGUUGCACAAGUUCUUACUGCGUUUGUUAAAUUUUUUUAUGGAUGUAGUGAGAGCAUGAUUCAUGGUAUGUUGGUUGGGGUGGGGGUUACAGUUUUGCAAUCUUUUUUGUUUCAAUUAUUUUGUACUUGUCUAGCAAUGACUCUUUUUACAUUGACCUGAAUAUACUCUUACCAUCUUGCCAAAAACUUAAUUUAUUUAUUUUUUCUUCUAUGUAUUUUAUUUCACCUGUUAUGCCUCCUUUAAUUUUUUUCCUCCAAUGUCCCUUAAGGAGCUCAGUACCAAUACAACCUACACUCAAAAAAUGACAUCUAACCAAAUUACAGUACCUUAAGUAUAGUCAACGCUCUUUUAGUUUUAUUAUUUCCUAAUACAACAUCAUGAUGAACCAAAUAUAAGAUCAUUAUCCCUAUUUCAAGCUUAUUUUUACUCUUUUUAAUUUGACUUCUAGCUUUGAUUUAUUAUUUGGUUGGCAGAAAGUUUUGCUUCUUUCUAGAAAUAAAUGUCCAAAUCCAUCUGCCAAUAAAACAGAACUUUUUAAAGUUAUUACUUUUAAUAAUAAUUAAAUUUGACUAUAUUCAAAACACUAUCACAUGCAAACAUGUCAUUUUUUGCCGUGUAUAAUAUGGAAUGAUCCUUAUUCAUAAACAGGUACCUUUUGAAAUGUUUGUUUUGUAUAAUAAAGUUAACAUGUACAUAAAGUUGUGCAUGUUACCCACCUUGUUAUCGGUCACCUUUGUGAACCUUCUGCCUCGUACUUUAGACAUAUGGAAAAGAUUUCUGUUGGUAAUAUACCAAAGUCCAUUUGUGGUGAUAAGAUAAUCAUAUAAUGAGCAAAUUUUAUUUGUAAUGUCUGCGUAGUUUUGAGAAGUAAUAUAUUUUAAUUAAUAUAUUUUAAUAUAAAAAACAAAGAUUUACAAUCACUUUUAGAUAAAGUUUAAAUACACAGGGUAUUUACGAUGUAUUCUUUAUAUUUGCUGUCCCAUUUUGUAACUUUGACUCUAUCCAGGGUGUACAUAACACUUUCUACAAAUUUUCUUUGUACCAGAAUUCCCAUGAAUCUAUUUUAUUUUAAUUAGUCUUACCUGGAAUGCAUUUAUGUACUUCCUUAAAUGAUUUUUCCUAGAAACCACAAUCAUAACUGGAGGAUGUUGCCCUUUCUUAUUCUUCUUAUACUUGUGCAUAUGUCUGAGCUCCACUGUGUCGUGUUUGCUUGUGGUGAAUGCCUAUUACUAGUUGUAUGGAGUGUCUUUGGGUGUGAAGUGACUUUGAUGGUGUGAGUUGGUAAAUGUACAUGAUCUGGUUGUACUGAUUUAUGCAGCAUGGAAUACAAUGUGUGUAUUUACACACACACACACACACACACACACACACACACACACACACACACACACACACACACACACAAACAAAA